AUGGAUAGGCUAACGCAGUUACAAGAUGCUGUUGACCAGCUCGCUCUCCAAUUCGUCGCGUCAAUCCACUUUGCGCAUAAACGACACGACCUCAAGAAGCUCGGCCCCACGGACAAAAUACGAAGCGUGAAGCAGGAGGAGGAGAAAGAAGUCGACCCGCUCCCCGAAGAAGAAUUCCGCGCCGGGCUCACGGAGCUGUCUCAAGACCUCAUCGUCAAAGAGCAGCAGAUCGAGGUGCUCAUAUCCACACUGCCGGGGCUGGAUAGCAGCGAGCGUGACCAAGAAAAGUGCAUAAAGGAAUUGGAGGAGGAACUCAAGGUAGCUGAGGAUCAACGGCAGGAUGCAUUGAGAGAGAAGGAGAGGGUGGUUGGCCAACUCGACAAGAUCCUGAAGACCGUGAGGCGGCCAUGA